AUGGCAUCCAAGUUGUAUGCUGGGAUCACGAGGCUGGAUCGGAGCUACGACGGGGCCAGCCCUGCUGCACAGGGUCUCGCGAUUUGCUACGGAGAGAAACGGCUUCUGUCUAAGACAUUGGCCACCUGCGUGGUUACAAGACAUCAAUUCCGCUCCAGCGGUGGUGGUAUACAGGCCUGGAUUCGAACCUACCAAGGGUCACCAAAGAAGGACGAAGCCCGCACGGACACCGAAGCAACCAUCUUUGACCAGGAUAUGGAAUGA